AACUAAAUUCCAAACAAGACAGAAUGCUGGAGCGUGUGUUGAGUGUUUUCAUUUUCGUCCUUUACCUUUUCGACACCGUCUUCGCCACGACUGAAGAGCACAACAAAGGAAAAGAUGACAUGUAUAAGAGAAAAAUCAGUGCAGUUGGAAUCAAAGAUCGUGGAGUCCGCUUGGAACAGUUUGCCGUUCCUUCAUAGUUUGGCAAAAUUCAAACGCAGAUGUGCUCUGUGAGCAUUCCACCACCCAUCAUCCCUCCACCAUGCACCAAUAAUCACAUUUCUGUCAAAACGCGGUAUCACUAACUUCAAUUAAUAAAUGAUAUUGAAGGCG